UUUACACCCAGCUGCCAUCGAAUAAAAUUGCUACGCAGUUUGCUGAAAGUAUCUACUUGUGAAACAAGUUAUUCCUACUCUGGAAGUGUAUUUUUACCAAAACUACAAAAUUAAAUCUCAAAGAUCUAACGACAAGUUCUAAAUAACACAUUAAUUUGACCGGAUAUGUACUGAGUCUAUUGGAUCAACACGCGGUCGGUUUUUUUUUAUUCAAUUUUCAAUCGUGAACAAUUGCUGGAGUGAAUAAAGAAUCGCAAAAUUGUUAAUCCUCACAUACUGCUGAAGUAUUGACUGUAAAUAUUAUCAAAGUUGAUGGUGGUGUGAAUUGAAUUUGGAGUCGUAUUUGGAAAACGUGUCUUCUUCCGUUUUCCUUCUCGUCGGUUUCGUUUUAUCAGAAUUUUUUUUUCCAAUUCGUUAAGAGUGCCGGUAAAGGAAAUUUCCACAACAUUUUCGCUGUAAGCUGCACCGCUGUAAAUCUUUCCAUCAAACGCAAAUACUCGAUUCGAACUAAUCAACCGGUCGAAAUACCAAAUUUGCGUUGGUAAAAAUGGAAGUUGAAAAUGUGAAUGAAAUUGACGGAGCUGGUGACAAUUUAAUUGACCUUGAAAAUCAAUUGGCUGAUGGAAUUAAAGUACCAGCGAAUCCGACGGCAGACUCACCAUCCGAUCGUGUCAAGAGGAAGGCAAAACGUAUCGUACGACACAACAGUCGCGAGGCUGUCGUCAAUGGUGGUUCGAGUCCGUCGUCUCUGUAUGUGGCCCCACAACGCAGAUGGAAGAACAGCCGACGUUCGCGCAACGGACAUGGUCGUGGAUUACCAAAGAAAGGCGGAGCAGGUGGUAAAGGUGUUUGGGGCAAAAUGGGAUCGGAAAUGGUGCUUGAAGAGGAUUUCGAGGACCAGAAUGAUCCGAAUUACGACAGCGAAAUAAACGACCGAAAUACGGAACUAAGAGAAGUCAUACCUGAACCCACACCAGAAGAAUUCUUCAAAAUGUGCGAGCCAAUUAUUUUGGAGUAUUUCCACAGCGGCGACACGCAUGAAGUGGCUGUGAGCUUGGACGAGAUAUUAGUAGGUGGGUUAAGACAAUUGGUGACCAGUGUUGCUGUUGAAAUUGCCAUGGAUCACAAGGAUUCGCAAAGAGAAAUGAUUUCCGUUCUUAUAUCCGAUUUGUAUGGACGUGUUAUCACACCCAAGGACAUAAUUAAAGGCUUUGACUUACUGUUAAACAACCUACCCGAUCUCAUAUUAGACACGCCAGAAGCACCGACUAUUCUGGGCAACUUCAUAGCACGAGCUGUUGCUGAUGACUGUAUUCCACCGAUAUACGCAAACAGUCAUCCUGAUUUGGACAAUCUGAAUGAGCAUGCCAUAGCAGCCAUUAAGAGGGCUGAUACAUUGCUGUCAAUGAAACAGUCUAUGGUACAUUUGGACAAUAUUUGGGGUUCAGCGGGACCGUUGAGGCCGGUCAAAACCAUCAACAAAAAGAUGACACUUUUACUCAAAGAAUAUUUGCUCUCCAAAGACAUACAGGAAGCGCAACGUUGUUUGCGUGAGCUGGAAGUACCGCAUUAUCAUCAUGAAUUGGUGUACGAGGCGAUCGUUAUGUCUUUGGAGGGAGUCAAUCAACAGACAGAAGAAGCAAUGGGCACAUUGUUGAAGUCGAUGGACAAUUGUUGUCUCAUAUCACCAGCAAUGAUGGAACAGGGCUUUCAACGAGUGUUCGAUGAUAUGGCCGAUAUCGUUCUGGAUGUACCGCUGGCCUAUGUGAUGCUGGAUCGUUUCGUUGAACGUUGCAGUCGUGCCGGAUUUUUGUCUGAUAGAACAAUCAGAAAUAUGCCCACCAGAGGUCGCAAACGUUUCGUUUCGGAAGGAGAUGGCGGUCAUAUUAAACCACAAACCCUCCAAAUUCGCGACUAAACGGACUUGCUGCAUAUUUGACUACCUCAACAACUAAGCAUUAAAAACAACUCAUUUAUACAAGAAACAACCACACACUAAUUACGAUGAGCUCUACUCCAGGAAAUCUGAAUUCAAAACAUAAAAAUCAUCUCUUUUGACUUCUUGGUGCGAAAUAUCUUUCAAUUUUUUGGGUCUUUUUUUGCAUUACAAUGAUUACCUGAAGUGCAAAACAAAAAAAAAAAACAAACAAAAAUUGCAUUCAUCAACUCAUAGUACAUGAAUUUAAUAAUAAAGAAAAGAAAAAUAAUAAUUAAUUAACUCAACGAGGUGGGCUUGGUAGGAUAACAGAAAAUAAGUUCACCUCGAAAAACACAUUUAAACUUAGAAUGUUCAGUAUAUAAUGAACAAGAUGAGAGAAAACAAAACAAAACAAAAAAUGUAGAAAAGUUCUUCAAACACACACGUUGUACAAAUUAAUUGAUUGUUAAUUACGGUUUCCAUUUUA